CUUUAGCAAGCCAUUAUGAAAUGGGAGAAGUUAAAGCCUCCAGAGCCAGAUGAUCCUAUGUGUUGCUGUGAGUGUGAUAUCUACCAGUACGGAUGUUGCUGUGACUGUGAAGAUCUGGAUGAAGCCUUUAACAGGUGGCUGAGAGACAAACCACCUAAAAGUGGAUGUCAGUCCGCUGUACUUGGGGCCAUGAUUGACAACCUGGAGAUCUCCAUGAUCCCGGCCCUGGUGCUUCUGCCUCUGCUGCUGCGUGUUGCAGCUCUGCACUACCUGCUGGGUAUCAUCAUCCUGACGGCUCUGCCCGGCCUGGUGCUGUGGUACUACUACGCCACGCACCGAAAGAGGAGACGCACCCUCUUCUUCCUCACUCUUUCACUCUACUCCCUGUUCUACAUGUAUUACCUCUUCAUCACAGAGAUUUUACCACGUGGGGACAUCAGCCAGCUGCAGUUGUGUACUGUGACCACUGGCAUGAUUCUCACUGUCGUCUUUCUUAUUCUCACCAAGAGAGGCCCAGGAGUAGUGACCACUUCCGCACAAGAAGCACACAGUCCCAGUCAGGAGGCUAACAAGGACACCAGACACCUUAAUGGAUCUACCCAAUCAGAAGCGUCCUCCUCAGGGACUCUAGCAGGGUUGCAGACAACAAAAGAGGCCCUGACAGCAAAAUGGAGCAGGUGUCCUGUGUGCAAAAUAAUGCGACCCCCACGGGCUGGACACUGUCGAACCUGUGGAUCCUGUGUGCAACGUCUGGACCACCACUGCAUCUGGAUAAAUAGCUGUGUUGGACAAGCAAACCAUCGCUGUUUCCUGCUCACCCUCUUUGUGUUCGUGUUGACCUCUCUGUAUGGGAUCAGUCUGGUGCUUCGCAGCCUCUGUCCUCGGCAGUAUCUGAUGACGGCUCUCCUCUAUUGCCCCACAGUCUACAGUCAGUCUAGCACAGCGCUUUGCUUCACCUGUGCGUGGUACAGCAGCAUCAUCACAGGUGGACUGCUUUACCUCUUGGUGGCACAAGUUCUGAAUAUCAGCUUCAAUGUGACGGAGCGGGAGUCUCAGCUGGCUGUGAGGAACAAAACAGGCCAGAGCCGUCUGUGGGGACUCGUUAUCGACACAGGAGAGUAUUCACGUGGCUUCUGUCAGAACUGGGUUGAGUUCCUCACCAUGGCAGAUGCCUCGAUGGCAGGGAAGUGGUACCUGAUCGGAUUUGCCACUAAUGCUCAGUGGUUUAUCAACCGUAAGGCCAGCAUGAAGAUGGGCACAGCCACCUUCACCCCAAAUGCAGAUGGGGACCUGGAACUUUCAUACGCCAGUCUCAACACCGAUGGCUCCUGCUGGAGAAUGAACAACCUGGCCAAGAAGACCAGUGUGCCUGGAAAGUUCACAUACACAAGUGAGCGCUGGGGGAAUGAGAACGACAUGCGCAUGGUUGACGUGAAGUAUGAUGAGUACGCCCUGAUUCACACCAUUAAGUCCAAGGCAGGCGUCCUCACCGCUGUCAACAAACUAUAUGGUCGUGGCAAGGACCUCAGUGCUGAACUGCAGGAGAAGUUCAGGCAGCUCUCCUUGGAAACUGGCAUCCUGGCUGAAAACAUUGUUUUCCUUCCCAAAAAUGCGGAGUGCCCGGCUGCCUAGUUUUCCGGCCAUCUUAUAUGUCAAUGAUGCUGUCUGAAGAACUUAACAUUUGUUGGGCAUAUUCAACAUUUAUCAAGACAAUGAGACAAUGAUUAGUUUUUUCUGUUUAUUUACUCUGCUGUUUCAGAUGAUGCAUUAGGAUUAGCUUCAAAUGCCAUUAAACAUGGUGUAAAGCCUGGUUUCAAUAUACAAUACUUGCUUUUAUUUACUUGCAGUAGUACUUUACAGAUCUCCUUCAGACAUGUUUUGAGACAUAAAAUGCUCUUUCAAUAAUAA